UUGCCCUGCCUCUGUACCCUCAACUCAACGAGGUUUUUAGUUGCAAGAAACUCUCUCUCUCUCUCUCUCUCUCUCGCUUGCUCGCAUUGUCUUGUUCCGCGCUCGGAAUCUCGUAUUCUUACUCCCACGCAUUGCUGAGUCUCCUUUCUCAUUUCCCCACUCUUCUUCUUCUUUGUUCUUCUUGUCACUUCUGUUUUAACUAGUGUUUCAUCUACCAGUGAACAUUGAAAAAGAAAGCGAAGCCCAAAUUACCCAAGUGGGGUUGUUCUUUCUUUUUCUUUUCUUUGCUCUUUUCAUUAAACCCAGAAAGUUGAAAAUGUCCAAAAGCUGAGAUUUCCAAUGUAAAAUCCUUAUUCUUGCAUUAUUUCCCUAUCACCUGAAAUCGGGGGAAGUACAUCUCCUCUCCCUCUCUCUCUCUCUCUUCUUUUUUUUUGCUCUGUUUUUCCUCUAUUAAAAGCUCACCCACAAGUCACAGUCACUCCGGACCCCCUUCGUUUUUGUAUUCCUGUUCGUUCCUUCUUCCUUGUGUUGAAGCUUCAAAUUUGUCAAUUUGAGCCUUUGCAAUUCAAGAACGAAGGGAGUCACCGUAACCCUUUUGGCAAGACGAUAAAUGAUCAUACAGCGACUCUCCCUCUCUCGCUCUCCAUGAUCUCCUUGAUCAUCAUAUGCUAAUGCUGACUGUAAAUGGCGAAGCUUUCAUGGCCCAAGUCAUUGGUGAAGAAAUGGUUCAACAUUAAAAGCAAAGCCGUGGACUUUCAAGCUGAUGACAUCGUUUAUGGAGGCGUUGAUGAAGAACCAGGGGACAUCAAUUCAGAGAGGAGAGAGGCAUGCAAAAUCAAGCAAAGCAAAACAGAGAGAUCUAACAAGAGAAACUCCGACCGAUCCCGGCGAGGUAAGAUUGACCUUGAUGCCUCGCAAGUCACCGAAGUGCACAAUUAUCGAAUUUUUGUAGCUACAUGGAAUGUGGCUGGGAAAUCUCCUCCUAGCUAUUUGAACCUUGAUGAGUGGCUCCAUACUUCGCCUCCCGCGGAUAUAUAUGUCCUAGGGUUUCAAGAAAUAGUACCUUUAAAUGCCGGUAACGUUCUGGGAACAGAAGACAAUGGCCCAGCCAAGAAAUGGCAAGCUCUCAUAAGGAGGACCUUGAACAGCCUUCCUGGGACCAGCAGUGUCUGCCAUACGCCUUCCCCGAUUCCUGACCCUAUCGUCGAGUUGGACGUCGACUUCGAAGGGUCCACGAGACAGAAGGCUUCAUCCUUCUUCCACCGUCGGUCUUUCCAAUCCUUGAGUCACAGCAUGAGAAUGGAUCACGAGAUGUCGUUGCCGCAGCCACCCCGGCUUGACCGAAGAUUCAGCGUUUGCGAUCGGGUGAUGUCCGGACACAGGCCGAGUGACUAUGAUCCCAACUGCGGAUGGUGCUCCUCUGAUGAUGAAACCGGGCCAAGUGAUUCGCCGGGACACGGUUACUACUCGCCAACCACCUAUAACAGGCCAAAUUUCAACGAGGAUAGAGAGAAUCAGAUGGUCCAAUCUAGGUACUGUUUGGUUGCGAGUAAGCAAAUGGUGGGAAUAUUCCUCACAAUAUGGGUGAGGAGCGAGCUUCGAGAUUGUGUUCGCAACUUGAAAGUUUCACGCGUAGGAAGAGGAUUGAUGGGUUAUCUUGGAAACAAGGGUUCGAUUUCGAUUAGCAUGUCUGUGCACCAAACGAGCUUUUGCUUCAUCUGCAGUCAUUUAACAUCCGGAGAGAAGGAAGGGGAUGAGCUGAGGAGAAACUCUGAUGUCAUGGAGAUUCUCAGGAAAACAAGGUUUCCCCAAGUAAACGGCACAGGCGAUGAAAAUUCUCCUCAAACAAUUCUUGAGCAUGAAAUUAUUUGGUUGGGCGACUUGAAUUACAGGAUCGCGUUAUCAUACCGAUCUGCAAAGGCUCUCGUCGAGAUGCGAAACUGGAGAGCACUCCUGGAGAAUGAUCAGCUCCAUAGAGAACAGAGAGGUGGGCGCGUCUUUGUGGGGUGGAAUGAAGGGAACAUAUAUUUUCCUCCGACAUACAAGUAUUCAAACAAUUCUGAUAGAUAUGCUGGAGACGAUAGGCACCCGCGGGAAAAGCGAAGGACUCCAGCAUGGUGUGAUCGUAUAUUGUGGUACGGCGGAGGCCUCAACCAGUUAUCGUAUGUGCGUGGAGAGUCGAAGUUCUCUGACCAUAGACCGGUGUACGGCGUUUUUUUAGCUGAGGUUGAGUACAUAAACCGGAAUCGAAUAAAAAAAAGCAUGAGCUGCGCUAGUUCCAGGAUUGAGGUAGAAGAAUUGUUGCCCUAUUCAAAUGGAUACGCGGAUGUCAAUUUCUAUUGAGGGUUGGAAUCUUCAUCGACCUUGAAUUGGAGACUCGAAGUCUUCACCGAGAAAACAAAGAGUUAACAACUGCAGCAUCGUUUGAGUGUUCAAUUUAAUCAACAAGAGCUGAAUGUUGACAGAUGGGUCCCGGCCUUUCGGAUGAGGUGGAUUAUAAUGGCGUUCUGACUUCUGUAACCAUUACUUGAAUGCCAAACAAAAAUUCGGACAAGUCCUGCUUAGCUAUGCAUUAUCAAAGUUUUGUUGAAACAAAUAUUCACUCAUUUCCCGUUUGCAUCUCUGAUCUGGUGUAAUUUGCAGGUGGACGCUGCGACAGACAUUAGCAUUCCUAGACAAUGAUAUGGACACAUUCCACUGCCCUUAAAUUGAAUACAAGGUUCCUAAUUUUGCAUUUUGCCGCCAACUACCUUUGAUGAAUUCUGAAUACGUCUGUCUGGAGAAAUUCAAUACCCGCAGCAAGAAAUCGCUCGUCAGAAGGACAGACUUUAGAAAGAUCAAAGCUGAGCCUAGUGGGAAGCAUUGGAGUUUUCUGAAAAGUGCUUCUUCAGAUCAAAGUAGGGGAAUUUUUGGGAUGAAGAGAACAGCACAACCUUCUGCUCCAAUGCCCAUUAUCAUGAGCAAGCAAUUCAUAGGUCACUAGGGGAAUAAAGAAGCUUGAUGCAUAUGAUUGUUCUGGACCUUCCUUCUUUUUCCAAUUUCUCUUUGUAGCGAGUUGAAAACGAAUUUGCUGGGAAAAGCUUUUGAAGGCUUGUCAUGCCUCGAGCCAAAAAAGAGAGUUCUUGAAAUAAAGGGCCAUUUGCAGGUUUCACUAUCUUGUUGUGUGUUGAAAAGCAAGACUCUGCAGGAGGAGCUUGCGCUGCUUACAUGGUUGUCAGGUUUUUUAUUCAGCACUGAAUCAUUUGUCUGUAA